CUUACAUUGCACUUUCUAAACGCGUUCGGGUCUAUCAGGUCGUAUAUAAUAUUUUGUAAUACAGAAUUUUGAUUAUGUCACGAGAGUCGAUUACUUCAGCUAUCAAUUACGAAGAGACGGAGCUGACUCUAGGCUUGCCCGGGGAGUCAAGGGGCACGAAGCGAGCGUUUUCGGAGGAAACGAUGAGUGGCGAGAGUGUAAGCAAGAAAAGUAAGAAGGAUUCGGCAGUGGUGGGGUGGCCGCCGGUGAAAGAGCAUCGGAAGAUUGUGAUGAGGAGCUGUAAGUACGUGAAAGUAGCGGUGGAUGGGACUCCGUUUCUGCGAAAAGUCGAUUUGCAGAGCUAUGGGAGCUAUGAUGAGCUGUUGCGUGCAUUGCAAGAUUUGUUUGGUUGUUUUGUUGUGAGAGAUUUGGUGGAUGAGAAGAAGCUGGUGGAUGUUUUUAAUGGAAAAGUUGAGUAUGUGCCAACUUAUGAAGAUAGAGAUGGAGAUUGGAUGUUGCUUGGUGAUGUUCCAUGGAAAAUGUUUUCUCAAUCAUGCAAGAGGCUAAGGUUGAUGACAGGAACGCUUUAUAUUGGAUCGAGUUCGAGUUGCUGAAUCAAAUCUGGUAUUUUUUCGGAAUGUGUUCGAAGAUUGCAGAUACAUCGACAUCUUCUAUUCAAAGAGUUCGAGAGAUUUUCAGAUGCUCCGAAGUCCAAAACUUCUUGAUGAUCGAUGAAAUGCAAAGGAUGUGUAUUUGGAUAUAGAUCAGGGCUAGCUAUACGAGUAUAGAUCAGACUGUAUUAUAGGUGAAUAUAUUGUAAAUGGAUACUUGAAAUUUUUUAUGCACAUUGAUUAUUUGCAUUUUUA